AUGAUUAUUCUAUCUGUAAUAGUGGUGGUGGUGUUAAAUAGUGAUUGUUAUAAUGAUGGAUGCAAUGGUGGUUGUGGAGUAUUCGUGAUGCCCUGUUCUCCUUUUGUUUCUUUGCUCUCUUUCUACAUUUUCUUCUUCCCAUUUCUUCAUUUCUCUUCCUUCUUCUUAUUUAUUUCCUUCUUUUUCCUUCCUACAUUUCUCCCUGAAUUUUCUGGGUUAUUUUUUUCUUUAUUUGCUUUGUUUCUUCUUUACUUUUUGUGUUUUUUCUUUUUUUUUCCUACGUUUUCUUAUUUUUUCUUUCUUUUUUUUUUGCUGUCUCUUUAUUCAUCCUUCAUUUAUUCACUUUCUUUUUCCUUCCUAUACUCCUCCCUAAUUUUAUGCCACAUUCUUUCUGUCUUCUACUUUAGUCUCUUUCUCCAUUUCCUCUCUUUUUUUUUCUUUCUUUCUUUACGCUCUUCAUUUCUUCUUCUUUCUUCUCUUUUCUUCUCCAUUUUCUUUCUUUCUUUUUUCGUCUUGUUCCGUUUCCCUUCUUUUUCAUUUUUCUCCUUCAAUUCAUCUCUGUCGACGUUUUAUUCUUUUCUCCGCUUUCGUCUGUCAAAUACUUUCUUCAUUCAUUCAUUUAUUUGUAAUGUACUUUUCUCCCUUCAUUAUUUUCUUUCUUUCUUCAUUUCUUUAUUUCUUCCUUUCAUUUUCUUCCAUUUCGUUUUUUUUCUGUUCCUUUUUUUCAAGUCUUUCUUCUUUUUCUUUCAUUCUUUUUUUUUUUUUUUCUUUUCAUUUUUUUUUUUUAUUUUAUUUGUUCCAAAAAAAUAUUUUAUUUCUUUCUUUUUUCUUUCUUUCUUUUUUUUUUUUUUUGAUUCCUUUGAACCCCUUCAUUCCUUCAAUCCUUCCUAUUUUUCUUUUUUUUUUUUUUCUUUUUUCUUUCUUUUUUUUUUUUUUUAUGGUUCUUUUCGUUCUUUCGGCUUGUUUUUUCAUUUUUCUUUUUUUGUUGUUAAAAAAAUUUUUUCCUUCCUUCCUUCCUUCCUUCCUUCAAUCCUUCCUUCCAUUUUUAUUCAAAUUAUUUUCUUUUGUUUUCUUUUCUUUUUUUUUCUUUUUUUUUCUUUUCUUUUUCUCUUCUUUCUUUUCAUUCUUUUUGCACAUUUUUUUUUUUUCUUCCUUUCUUUCUUUGUUUCCUUAACUGCUUCAUUUUUCCUUUUAUUUUAUCUUUCAUUCCCAUUUUUCUUUUUUUCCUUUCCUUUCAUUUUUUUUUUUUUCUUUUUCUUUGAUUUUUUUUUUCUUCCUUUUAUUCUUUUUUUUUUUUCUUUUUUCCUUUUUUCUUUAAUUGCUUUCAUUCUUUUUUUUUUUUUAAUUUUUUCAUUCUUUCUUUUAAAAUUCUUUUUCAAAAAUUUUAAUCUUUCUUUCAAUUCUUUCUUUUUCCUUUCUUUUUUUUUCCUUAUUCCUUCCUUUUCUUCCUUCUUAAUCUUAUUUCAACACUUUGGGCAUUAUAUAAAACGAAAAUUUUUCUUCUUUUUUUUUCUUCUUCUUCUUUUUUUUUUAAAUCUUCUUCUUUUCUUUUUCUUCUUCUUUCUCGUUUGA